AUGAUAGCUGCGGCAUUUUUGGUCUUACUGAGACCUUUAAGUAUCCAGUGUGCGCUGUUACUAAUCUUGCUUUUACUGGGUACAGUCGCCACAAUUUUAUUUUUUUGUAGUUGGCAACGAAAGCUUCGGGAAGGAAAGAUUCCUAUCAAAACAGUGCUUUCAAGGCGCUCGAGGAGCCGCGAAGCUGGUGUCCGAGCGCAUCACUUUCGAUCUGAGUGCUUCAGGCAUAGUCCACGCCAUGCCAGGAGGAGCGCGCGCGCCCGAAUUUCUGAGGAGAAGCCGCUCGUAGACAUCCCCGAGAGUGAUCCAGACACUACUGUGAGAAAGCGCAAAGUAAAGAAGCGGGUCCAACCUGAAUUUUACCACUCUGUCCAGGUCACACCAACACGAAGACCUAGCUCCGGUUCAGGGAACGCUUCGCUUCGCUGUUCUAUGUCUUCAUCUGCCGAUUUUUCAGACGAGGAUGAUUACAGUCUGAAAUCUGGGACUGUAUCACCGGCACCGGGGGACACAUUACCAUGGAAUUUACCGAGACAUGAACGCUCCAAGCGGAAAAUCCAGGGAGGAUCCGUACUGGAUCCGGCUGAGAGAGCUGUACUCAGGAUUGCUGAUGAAAGAGACAGAGUACAGAAAAAGACAUUUACAAAAUGGAUAAACCAACAUCUCCUGAAGGUACGAAAGCAUAUAAAUGAUCUAUACGAGGAUUUGAGAGAUGGACAUAACUUGAUCUCGUUGCUGGAGGUCUUGUCUGGUGAGAUUUUGCCACGGGAGAAAGGCCGUAUGCGCUUCCACAGACUCCAGAAUGUACAGAUAGCACUAGACUUCUUAAAACGCCGACAGGUGAAACUGGUGAAUAUUAGAAACGAUGACAUCACAGAUGGGAACCCUAAACUCACCUUGGGUUUAAUAUGGACCAUAAUUCUGCACUUUCAGAUCUCGGACAUCCACGUCACUGGGGAGUCCGAGGACAUGACAGCCAAGGAGAGGCUUCUGCUGUGGUCCCAGCAGUCGACUGAGGGCUAUGUUGGUGUCCACUGUGAUAACUUCACUACCUCCUGGAGGGAUGGAAGAUUAUUCAACGCUAUUAUUCACAAAUACAGACCUGACUUGGUGGAUAUGAGCAGAGUAUCAACACAGAGUAGCAGAUCAAACUUAGAGCAGGCAUUCUCUGUGGCCGAACAGCUUGGGGUUGCUAGGCUACUGGACCCAGAGGAUGUGGAUGUGCAGUCUCCUGAUGAGAAGUCAGUCAUCACCUACGUUUCGACGUUGUACGAUGUCUUCCCUAAAGUACCAGAGGGUGGAGACGGUAUCAGUGCAAAUGAUGUUGACAUUAAAUGGGUAGAAUAUCAAAACAUGGUGAAUUACCUCAGCCAAUGGAUCAAACACAACGUGACUGAAAUGUCAGACAGAACCUUUCCCAGCAAUCCAGUCGAACUUAAGGCACUUUAUACACAAUAUUUGCAAUUUAAAGAGAGUGAAAUCCCACUGAAAGAGAAUGAGAAGACCAAAAUCAAGCAGUUGUAUAAAAUGCUAGAGGUGUGGAUUGAGUUUGGUCGUAUCCAGUUGCCUCAGGGGUACCACCCUAACGAUGUGGAGAAGGAAUGGGGAAAGCUGAUUGUAGCCAUGCUGGAGAGAGAGAAGAGCUUAAGGCCUGAAGUGGACAGACUUGAAAUGUUGCAGCAAAUUGCAAACAGAGUCCAGAGAGACUGCGUAACAGGAGAAGACAAACUAGCUUUAGCACGGACAGCUCUGCAGUCAGAUGCAAAGAGAUUAGAAUCUGGCAUCCAGCUCCAACACGAGGCAGAGAUAGCUGGAUACCUCUUAGAGUGUGAAAACCUUCUCAGACAGCAGGUGGUGGAUAUUCAGAUUUUACUGGAUGGGAAGUUCUACUUGGCUGAUCAAUUUGUUCAAAGGGUGUCCAAGCUUCGCGAUGAUCUGAUGUCCCUCAGAUCGGAGUGCUCCUCUGUCUACAGUAAAGGGCGAACGUUAACUACCGAACAGACUAAGAUGAUGAUCUCUGGUAUCACACAGAGCUUGAACUCAGGCUUUUCCCAGAAUCUAAGCGCUGGACUGACUGCUACCCUCACUCCUUCACUCACUCCUGGUGGAGGCCUAGUAUCACCAGGACCUGCACUCACUUCCAGCCUCACCCCUGCCUUAACCCCAGCCAUGACCCCUGGCUUAACUCCAGGUACAACUCCAGGUAUCACACCUGGCAUGGCUCCAGGCCUGCCGCCCAUCUCCGUCCAGCACCUCAAGCAGAUGCAGAUUCGCAAGCCUUUAUUAAAGUCAGCAUUAGUUGACCCGAACUUGACGGAAGAAGAGGUCAAUAUGAAGUUUGUCCAGGAUUUGCUUAACUGGGUAGAGGAAAUGCAGACUCAGCUUGACCAAGCAGAAUGGGGAUCUGAUUUGCCAAGCGUUGAAUCAUAUUUAGAAAAUCACAAAACUUUUCAUCGUGCUGUCGAAGAAUUUCAGAUGAGCCUCAAGGAAGCCAAACUUAGUGAGAUUCAGAUGUCUCAGUCCCAGAAAGCUAGUUAUUCUGAGAAGCUAGCCAAGUUAGAGAACCAGUAUGGGAGGCUACUGAACUGCUCUAGAGAUAGACAGAAACAUCUCGAGAGCCUGCUUGACUUUGUGUCCCGCGCCACUCAGGAGCUUAUCUGGCUCAAUGAAAAAGAGGAAGAGGAGGUGGCAUUUGAUUGGAGUGAGAGGAAUGAUAACAUCCCCAGGAAAAGGGAUUAUCAUGCAGAGCUGAUGAGAGAACUGGAUGACAAGGAAUCAGUUAUCAAAUCAGUUCAGGACAAAGCUGAAACCCUGUUAAUCGAAAACCACCCCGCCAGGCUUACCAUUGAAGCAUACAAAGCAGCCAUGCAGACGCAAUGGAGCUGGAUCCUGCAGCUCUGCUUCUGUGUGGAACAGCACCUGAGAGAGAAUGCCAUAUAUUUUGAGUUUUUCAGUGAUGCCAAAGAGUCCUUAGACUACCUUAAGAGCCUGCAAGAUGCCAUCCACAGAAAAUAUAGGUGUGACCGAACGAGCAGUUUACACAGACUUGAAGAUCUCAUUCAGGAGUCCAUGGACGAAAAAGAGCAGCUUCUUCAGUACCGCAGCACUGUCGCUGGCCUGGUAGGACGAGCAAAGACCAUUAUCCAGUUAAAGCCCCGCAAUCCUGAGAAUCCCAUUAGAACUUCCAUUCCCAUCAAAGCCAUCUGCGACUACCGUCAGAUAGAGAUAACUAUCUACAAAGAUGAUGAGUGUGUUCUCGCCAGCAACUCCCAUAGGGCCAAGUGGAAGGUGAUCAGCCCAUCAGGAAACGAGGCCAUGGUGCCUUCGGUGUGCUUCAGUGUGCCACCGCCCAAUAAGGAGGCAGUCGACAUGGCCAGCAGGAUCGAGCAGCUGUACCAGAACGUUCUGGCUCUGUGGCAUCGCUCUCAUGUCAACAUGAAGAGUGUGGUGUCCUGGCAUUAUCUUAUGACUGACAUCCGAGCCAUCCGCGGCAGCACUGUCGCCUCGAUUAAAACUCUGCUGCCAGGCGAGCAUGAGCAGGUCCUAAGUAGCCUGCAGGUGCAUUUUGAGGAGUUUCUGAAAGACAGUGAUGAAUCGGAGGUCUUCACUGUCGCUGACUGUGCGCAGCUGGAGAGGGAGGUCCUAGCCUGUAAGGAGUAUUACGAGGAGCUGCUCAAGUCUGCGGAGAGAGAAGAGCACGAGGAAUCAGUGUACAACCUCUUCAUUUCGGAGGUGCGGAAUUUCCGCAUGCGUCUGGAAGGACAUGAGGAACAGCUAAUUCGACAGAUCCGUGCUCCUCUGGACAGAGAUGAUGUGGAACAGAGCAUACAACGCAUCACUGAUCAGGAGAGGAAGAAGGCGGAGCUUGAUCGGUUGAAAGAAGACUUGGAGGUGCUAAAGGAGAAGUGUGAGGUGUUCCUCAGACAGGCUUCAGCCUCUCCAUCUGCCCCCACCCUCUCCUCAGAGCUGAACAUUGUCACACAAAGCAUGAGCCAGGUCUACUCCAUGUGCUCCAUUUAUCUGGAGAAGCUUAAAACAGUGAGUUUGGUUGUGAAACAUAGCCAGAGUGCAGAGGCCCUGGUCAAAAUGUAUGAGGCAAAACUCUGUGAGGAGGAGGCGAUCAAUGCAGAUCUCAAAUCCAUUGAUGCAGUCAUGAACACUCUCAAGCAAUGGCGGUCAGAAAUAGAUGACAAACGAGAGAUAUUUCACGACUUGGAGGAUGAGCUGCAGAAGGCUCGGGUAAUCAGUGACCGCAUGUUCAAAACACACAAUGAGAGAGACUUUGACCUGGACUGGCACAAAGAGAAGGCUGACCAACUCGGAGAGAGAUGGCACAACAUUCAUUCUCAGAUUGAAAACAGACUACGAGAUCUAGAGGGCAUCAGUAAAUCGCUGAAAUACUACAAAGACACAUACAAUAGCUUGGAUGAGUGGAGCAAAGAGAUGGAAGCCAACCAGCUGAAGGCACAGGAAAACCAGCCAGACGACAGCAAGGCUAUGGCUGAACUACUUAAUCAACAGAAAGUCCUUAUGUCGGAGAUUGAACAAAAGCAGAGUAAGAUCGAGGAAUGCCAGAAGUACUCUGAGCAGUACUCUGCCGCUGUGAAAGAAUAUGAACUCCAGUUGAUGACCUAUAGAGCUAUGGUGGACUCUCAGCAUAAGUCCCCUGUCAAGAGAAGGAAAAUGCAGAACUCCUCUGAUGCAAUGCUUCAGGAGUUCAUGGACCUUCGCACUCGCUAUACAGCUCUGGUUACACUUAUGACCCAGUAUGUGAAGUUUGCAAGUGAGAAUCUAAAGAGGACUGAGGAAGAAGAGAAAUCUGUUGAGGAGGAGAAGAAAGAGCAUGGUGAUAAGGUUAGCAAGCUAUUGAACUGGGUGUCCAGUGUGAAAAUGAACCUGAACAAAGAUGAGAAGGCUUUGAGUGAUGGUAAAGUUUCAGUAGAAGAGAUGGUCACAAAGAAAGAACAGAUUGCUGAGGCCCUAAGAGCAACACAGAUGUUGCUAACCAAACACAGCGACAAGAUGACUGAGGAGGAGAAGCAAGAGACAAAAGAGCAGCUGAAAUCUCUUCAUCAAGCAUAUAGUGAACUCUCAAAGCAGUGUGCAGAUCAGAUGCCAACUGCUGAACAGACUGCAACAGAGAAACAUAAGGAGCUAUCUGCAAAGUUACAAGAGCUGUGUGAUAACCUGACUCAAACAGAGAACCAGCUCAUUGGACACCAGCAGCAAGUUGUGAGUACAGACAACAUUGGAGACCUUCAGCAAUACCAGCAAGAGCAUCAGGCUCUGCAGAAAGACAUCCAGACAAAUGCAAGUGCCUUAAAUGAAGUCAUCUGUACUACUAAAAAAUUCUUGGAGGAGAGUCGCAGUAAACUCAAACCAGAGCAAAUAGCUACUAUUGAGAGCAAACUGGCAGAGGCAAAGAGUAAAGCUAGUAUGCUCAACCAGCGAGCAGAGGAGUCCAGGAAAGAUCUGGAAAAAGUUGUUACAACUGCCAUCAAGCAGGAGACAGAGAAGGUUGCAGCUGUGGAGCAGCUUGAGGAGAGCAGAAAUAAGAUUGAAGGUCUCCUAGACUGGAUAUCCAACAUUACAAAAGACAAGGAGGAUACAGAGAAGGAUGACACGACCCAACAAAAUGGAAAUUUGCCCGUGGAAAUGCCUUCUAUGGGCAUGAAUGCAGAGGAGGAGGACCCUAAUGGAAAUGCUCUUGACAGCAACGCUAACAAACCCCUGAAGCCUGACUCAGGAACUGAAACCAAACAACUAAGUCUAGACAAGCAAUAUGAGAAAGUCAAGGCUCACCACCAGGAGAUCCUCUCUCAGCAGCAGAAUCUGAUUAUUGCCACUCAGUCGGCCCAAGCUGUGCUUGAUAAACAGGCUCAGGUCCUCUCACUGGCAGAGAAAGAGAAGCUACAGAAGGACAUCCAGGAGCUCAGAGACCGCUACGAAGCCACUCUUACCCAGGCUGAGCAGCAGAUGAAGCAAGUGCAGAGUGUGCAAGAGGAGCUGCAGAAGUUUCAGGGAGACUGUGAGGAGUUUGAGGCCUGGCUGAAUCAGGCACAAGAGCAAAUGGAGGAACUGGGUGCUCCUGCUGGACAGCUGAGCAUUCUCAACGAUAAGCUUCAGAGACAAAAGAGUUUCUCUGAGGAUGUCAUCUCCCACAAGGGUGACCUGCGAUUUAUUACCAUCUCUGGUCAGAAAGUGCUGGAUGUGGCCAAUGCCUGUGGGUGUAGUGACCCAGCAGGCAAGGAGAUGCUGCCACAGGUGGACACUUCAGGCACAUGUGCUGCCGUGAAGGAAAAAUUAGAUGCCGCUGCAGCCCAAUACAAAGCUCUUCAUUCACAGUGCAACCAGCUUGGGAACAACCUCAAAGAUGUUGUCGACAAGUACAAGAAAUAUGAGGAUGCUACUGGUGGUCUUUUGAAAUGGCUCAGCAAGUCUGAAGAAGAGGCAAGAAGACAACAGGCUGAGCCUAUUGGUGCAGAUCCUCAAAUGCUUCAAAAACAGCUUGAGGAAACCAAGGCUCUUCAGGGACAGACAACUGGACACCAGGCAGCAGUGGAUGCCUUACGUAAAGCAGCUGAUGCUUUAAUUACAUCUGAUGGGGACCUGUUGACUAAUCAGGAUGAGAUUCAGGAGACAGUGGAUGACAUAGUGGAGAGAUAUGACAACUUGUCCAAAUCAGUCAGUGAUCGUAACGAAAAACUGCAGGUAACACUGACACGGUCAAUGAGCGUACAGGAUGGCCUGGAUGAAAUGAUGAGCUGGAUGAACUCUGUGGAGGACAGUUUAGGAAAGAAGACACAAGUUCCAUUAGACUCAACAGCAAUUGGUGAUGCUCUCAGCGUAGAGACAGCAUUGGAACAGGACAUAUUAAGUCGGCAGAGCAGUGUGUCAGCCAUGAAGGCCAAAGUGAAGAAGUUUGUGGAGACGGCGGAGCCUGCGGCGGCUGCUUUGCUGCAGGCUAAGAUGGAAUCUCUGUCACAGCGCUUCAGUGAUGCCAGUGUCAAGCACAAACAGAAGAUCUCUCAGCUGGAACAGCUGAAGGAUAAAGUGGAGCUGUUUGACCAGACCUCUGAGAAGGUGCAGCAGUUUGUGCUCAAGCGCAUGCAGACUCUGGCGGAAACUGACGGACCUGGGAAAAAUGUUAAUGAGCUGUCCCAGCUGAUAGAGGAUACAAAUGCAGAGUUAGCUGAACAUACCAAGGAUGUAGAAAUGCUACAGAAGCUGUCAAAUGAGCUUGCUGAGUUGGGCCCAGAGGGAAGCAAAGCUAUGAUACAGAGCAGGAUGGAAACCCUGUCUAACACCUUCAACAGCUUCAAGGACACUGUCAAAGAAAAAGAGGAGGAGGUUACCUCUUGCCAAGACCAGCUGGGUGAGUUCAAAGCAGCCGCAGGGGUGCUAAUGAAAUGGCUGGAGGAGACAAAAACACAAGUGCCAGCGAUUCAGGCCGAUUCCAGUGAACAGGUCCUGGGAAAAGACCUCCAGAAGGUCAAUAGCUUGCUGGAAGAAUGGGUAUCCAAGGCCUCUGCGGUCCAAGAUAUAAAUAGCAAAGGAUCUGCUCUUUGUAGCCUAAUCAGUGUUUUGACAUCUCCAGCCAAGGCCAAGUUACAUCACAGAUCAGGAUCUGCUGUAACAAAUGGGUCUAAUUCUUACCUUACAAACAAAGAGCUACUGCUUGUACAACAGAACAUGUCAUACAUCAGCGAGGGCUAUGACAGUCUGGGGGAGCUACUACGAGCCAGGGUCUCAGAACUAAAUAGUCUGCUGGCAAAAGUGCAAGGGGCCAGACAGGAGGCUGUUGCCAUGUUGGAGUGGCUGGAGGGUAUGAAGAAAACAGCGUCUUCAUGGAGCCCUGGGCAGGCUGGGAACGAAUCAGUAAAAACACAAAUAGAACAACAGAAGGUUUUUGAAGACAGCAUGAAACAAAAGCAAGAGGAGAUAAAGCAGCUGAGAGAGAAGUUGCUCCACCUGAUCGAGGAACACCCUGAUUCACCCGAAGCAGCAAAGUGGAAGCACAUGCUAGCUCAGAUUGACUCUGGCUGGAAGGAGGUCAGGGGCUCAGUGGAGGACAGGAAACACCACUUGGAAGAGUCGUCCCGGAUGCUGGAAGUCUUCCAGACAGUGGAGCCACAGCUCUCCCAGUGGCUUCAGGAGAAAGAACUAAUGAUGAGUGUAUUGGGGCCCCUGUCCAUGGAUCCCAACAUGCUGAACACACAGAAGCAGCAAGUCCAGAUUCUACUUAAGGAAUUUGACAGUCGAAAGCCUCAACUAGAGCAGCUGACUGAAGCCACAAUGGCAAUCACCAGUACAACUGGGAAGGAAGACUCUGCAGGAGCGAAGGUGUCUGAGCUGCUUAAUAGCAUCACUCAGAAGUGGCUGUCUCUCACAGACCAGCUUUCCCAGCGGGACAACAUUAUAGAUCAAGCUGUGGGUAAAACCUCACGGUUUCAGGAGCUUCUGCGCAAUCUCUGUGAGACUGCAGCCACCCUAGAGAAUCAGCUGAACAGCCAGCAGGCCCUCAGCACCCAGCCUGAUGCUGUCAAGAGGCAGUUGGAGGCCACAAAUGCCAUCCUGGCUCAGCUGCGAGAGGAGAGAAAGAGGCUGAAGGAGGCAGAAGGCCUGUGUUCGGAGCUCUCAGCUCUGGUGACAGAAGAGUACCUCAGGGCGGACCUGACCAAACAGCUUGAGGGCGUUGUAAAACCCUUCAAACAGCUGGAAGACAAGACAGAAAAGCGAAUGCAGCAGCUCAACUCAGCCUUUGCCAGCUCACAGCAAUUCCAUCAGAUGUCUAAAGACUUCCAGAGCUUGCUUGACCAAAAGCUUCAGGAGCAGUCUGGGCCUCAGCCCAUCUCAGCCAAUGUGGAAACCCUUAGACAGAGCCUCAAGGACCACAGUGUUACCCAAAAAGCCCUUAGUGAACAAGAGGAGCCCUACAACACCAUCAUGAGAGAAGGAGAGGCUCUACUACAGACCAUAGAUGGGGCAGAGAAAAUGGCCCUUCAGGGUCAGCUUUCAGCUCUUAAAUCGAAAUGGGAGGAUGUGAAGAGGGAUUCAACAGAGCGCGGUGAGAAGCUACAGGGAGCCAUGCAGAGGGCCCAGAAAUACAGGGAGCAUGCUGAGAACCUAAGCACUUGGCUCCAAGAGUGUGAGGCCAGACAGACUAGUGUAAAACUUAGUGUUGAUCCUGUAGAGCUAGAGAGCUCAAUUUCUCAAGUGAAGGCCAUCCAGAAAGAUGCUGAAAAGCACAGGGGGCAGGUGGUACUGCUGAAUUCAGCUGCCGAGAGCCUCCUGGAAGUUGCCACUGCUGAUGCAGCGACCAUUAGAGAGGAAAAGACAGCUAUUGGAAAGAACAUGGAUACAUUGUUUGAAGGUUUGCAGCUCAGAAAGGAAUCUCUUGAGAAGAUCUCACAGAGACUGAAAGAGUUCAGUGACAUGCAUAAGGAGGCCAAAGCACAGAUAGAAGGGACUAAAAAGCAGCUAGAGGCCCAUUCUGGUCUGGGUGUCCAAGGUUACAGCAACAAGAAUCUCACCAACAUGAAGGCCCAGCAGAAGAGCCUUGCAGGAAUCCAGACACAGGUGGAACACUUGAAAAGUCUUGCUCAGAACCUGGUGGUGGAUGUACCUGAGGCAGAAGGGGUGACAGAUCUACUACUUCAAGCAGACAGCCUGGAGAAAGAUCACUUCUCCAUUAGCAAGGAUGUAGAAGAGCUCUGCACCACCCUGGAGAGCAAACUGCAGGGCAUUGGACAGUUCCAGAACAGUAUUCGGGAGAUGUUCGCCAGCUUUGCUGACCUGGACGAUGAAUUGGACAACAUGAGUCCAGUGGGCAGAGACCUACAUACUCUGCGUGAUCAGCUUGGCAACAUCACAGGCUUUUUGGCGAAACUCCAGGAGCUGAUGACCAACACAGACAAUGCCAGAGACAGCUGCAAGAAGAUGCUGGAAACAGAGGCUUCACCAGACCUGACAGGCCUAAAGCGUGAUCUGGAGGCUCUGAGUAAACAGUGUGGCAAGCUAAUGGAUAGGGCAAAUAGUAGGAAGGAACAGGUUAAGAAUACUCUCAGUAAUUUGGAAGAACUUUACAGCAAGCUUCAGGAGUUCACACAGAAGCUGAACAGGGCAGAGGGACAAGAGGAGUCCCAAGGUCCUGUUGGCAUGGAAAUGGAUGUUAUCAACCAGCAGCUAGAGGCUUUUAAGCUCUUCCAAAAAGAAGUCACAGAGUCAUUACAGACCCCAUUACAAGAGCUCAACUGCCUAGGCCAAGGACUGAUUCAAAAUGCUGCUAAAGGCACCAACACUAAGAGCCUUGAACGUGAUCUGGAAGAAGUCAACACACGGUGGAACACCCUCAACAAAAAGAUUGCAGAACGUUCUGCACAGCUCCACGAGGCCCUUCUUCAUUGUGGUAGGUUCCAGGAUGCACUGGAGUCCCUGCUCAGCUGGCUAACUGACACAGAAGAGUUAGUGGCCAAUCAGAAGCUACCCUCAGCUGAGUUCAAAGUGGUCAAGGCACAAAUACAGGAGCAAAAACUUUUGCAAAGGUUGUUGGAUGACCGCAGGCCCACAGUUGAGUUGAUUAAAAAGGAAGGAGGAAAGGUGGCGGAGCUGGCUGAGUCUUUGGAUAAGGAGAAGAUUGUGAGAGAAAUUGAGUGCCUUGGGCAGAGGUGGGACAGUCUGCUAAAGAAAGCUGAGAACAGACAUAAGCAGUUGGAGAGUAUUCUGGUGGUAGCUCAGCAAUUUCAUGAGACUUUGGAGCCCCUCACUGAGUGGCUCAGUGCUACAGAGAAACGUCUGACCAACUCAGAGCCUAUCGGCACCCAGACAUCGAAGCUGGAGGAGCAGAUCUCCCAGCAUAAGGCCUUAGAGGAGGAGAUUAUGGCGCACAGUAAGAACUUGUGCCAGGCCAUGAGUCUGGGCCAAGUGCUCAGAACAGUCAGCUCUAUGGAUGAUAAGGAGCUGGUUCAGGGCAAGCUGGACAGCACUCAGACCAGCUAUAUAGAGCUGCAGGAGAGGUGCAGGAGGAAAGCUGAGCUGCUUCACCAGGCCCUGGCUAAUGCCCAGCUCUUUGGUGAGGAUGAAGUGGCCCUCAUGAACUGGCUCGAUGAUGUUCACGGCAAGCUAAGCGAAAUCUCUGUCCAGGACUACACACCAGCUGUCCUCGCCAAGCAGCAUGCAGAGCAACUGGCUCUUCAAGAGGAUAUUGAACUAAGGAGAGAGAAUGUUGAUCAAGCAAUUCUGAAUGGGCUAGAACUGCUGAAGCAAACCACAGGUGAUGAAGUGGUUGUGAUCCAAGGCAAACUGGAUGAAAUAAAGACUAGGUAUUUAGACAUCAACACAAUGAGCAACAACGUGACUAAAACCCUUGACAAGGCUCUCUUGCUGGCCACUAAGCUUCAGAACACCCAUGAAGACCUGAAUUCCUGGCUUGACCAGAUGGAGGCUGAGAUGUCAGCCUUUGGAGCUCAGGAGCUAUCUGGAGAACAGCUGGCCCAAGUACAAGAGAGGCAAAAACAACUACUGAAAGAGGUACAGGAGCACAGGACUCAGGUGGACACUCUGAAUGAGAUUAGCAGCUCGCUGUUGGAACUGGUGCCAUGGCGUGCUAGAGAGGGUCUGGACAAACUGGUUACCGAUGACAACGAGCGCUAUAAGUCUGCCAACGACAACAUCACCCAGCAUGUGGAUGAAAUAGAUGCAGCCAUAUUAAAAUCACAGCAGUUUGAGCAGGCUGCUGAUUCUGAGUUAGCCUGGUUGACUGAAGCUGAGAAGAGACUAUCAUCUCUUGGGGACAUCAGGCUCGAGCAAGACCAGACCACAGCACAGUUACAAGCCCAGAAGAGCUUUUCUAUGGACAUUAUGAGACACAAAGAUUCCGUGGACAGCAUUAUGAAAACAGGUGAAUCCAUCAUGAAGAGCAAGGAUGAGAUUGAGAAGCAAGCUCUGAAGGCCAAGAUCCAGACCUUGUUGGAGAAGUAUAAUUUGGUCAGUCAGAUGAAUUCAGAUCGCUGUCUGCAGCUGGAGAGGGCUCAGUCUCUGGCCAGUCAGUUCUGGGAGACGUAUGAAGAGCUUUGGCCCUGGUUACAGGAAACCAGAGCCAACUUCACCCAUCUACCUCAGCCUGCCAUUGAGUAUGAUGCCCUCAGACAACAACAGGAAGAACUGCGGCAAAUGCGGGAGCUGAUUGCAGAGCACAAGCCUCACAUUGACAAGAUGAACAAAACAGGCCCUCAGCUUGUGGAGUUGAGUCCAGAGGAAGGUGUGCCAAUCAGGGAAAAGUACCAAGCCACAGAUCAGUUGUACGCCCAGCUGAAAGCUGAUGUCAAACUGAGAGCUGCUGCUUUAGAUGAGGCCAUCUCUAAAUCUACACAGUUCCAUGAUAAGAUAGACCCCAUGUUGGAGUCUCUGGAGCGCAUAGCAGAGCGGCUUCGUCAACCUCCCUCAAUUUCUGUUGAAGUGGAGAAGAUCCGAGAACAGAUUUCUGAGAACAAAGCUGUGUUUGUGGAUCUGGAGAAGCUCCAGCCUUCAUAUGACACUCUCAAACAGCGUGGCGAGGAAAUGAUUGCUCGUUCCGAAGGAGCUAGCAAGGAUCUCUCAGCUAAAGCUGUACAAGACAAGUUGGACCAGAUGGUGUUUGUCUGGAACGAUAUCCAGGCAUUGCUAGAAGAGAGAGAGGCCAAACUGCUGGAUGUGAUGGACUUGGCUGAGAAGUUCUGGUGCGAUCACUGUGCUCUUAUUGUCACCAUCAAAGACACUCAGGACCUGCUGAAAGGCCUAGAGGAACCUGGAGUUGACCCAUCUGUGGUCAAACAGCAACAGGAAUCUGUGGAGGGGUUCAGAGAGGAGAUUGACGGGCUCCAAGAGGAGCUUGAUGUCGUCAGAAACCUGGGGGCAGAGCUUAUGACAGCUUGUGGGGAACCUGACAAGCCAAUAAUGAAAAAGAGCAUUGAUGAGGUAAACUCAGCCUGGGAAACUCUGAAUAAGACAUGGAAAGAGAGAGUGGACAGACUAGAAGAGGCCAUGCAGGCUGCUGUGCAGUUUCAGGAUGGUCUUCAGGGCAUGUUUGACUGGGUGGACAUUUUAGAAAGCAAACUGGAUUCAAUGUCACCUGUUGGCACAGACCUUGAGACUGUGAAGCAGCAGAUUGAGGAACUGAAGGAGUUCAAAGGCGAAGCGUACCAGCUGCAGAUUGAGUUGGAGAGACUGAACCACCAGGCUGGGCUGCUCCUGAAGAAAGUUGUGCAGGAGUCAGACCGUAGUGCCAUUCAGGAGCCUAUGAGUGAGCUGAAAAUGCUCUGGGACAACCUUGACGAGAAGAUCAUCAGCAGACAGCACAAACUUGAGGGUGCCCUGUUGGCUCUCGGGCAGUUCCAGCAUGCACUGGAUGAGCUCCUGGCUUGGCUGACCCACACUGAGGAGCUGCUGAAUGAGCAGAGGAAAACCAGUGGUGACCCCAAAGCCAUUGAGAUAGAGCUAGCCAAACACCAUGUUCUUCAGAAUGAUGUCUUGGCCCAUAAGAGUACAGUAGAGGCUGUAAACAAGGCAGGCAAUGAUCUGAUUGAGUCCAGUGCUGGUGAGGAGGCCUGUGGCCUGCAAAGCAAGCUGGAGAACUUGAACCAGCGCUGGACAGCGAUCCUGGACAAGACCGAGCAGAGAAGACAGUUACUAGACAGUGCUCUACUGCAGGCCCAAGGUUUCCAUGGCGAGAUAGAAGACAUGCAGCAGUGGCUGAAAGACACGGAACGUCAGCUGUUAGCAUCAAAGGCUGUUGGAGGCUUACCAGACACAGCCCGGGAGCAGCUUAACACCCAUCUGGAACUCUGCAGUGCAUUUGAGGCCAAAGAGGAACUUUAUCAGCAGUUAAUGCACAGGGGCAAACAGCUGCUUAUGAUGACCCCUGAGGGUCAGGACAGCACGACGGAGCAGGAUCUCCGUAACCUACAGGAAAAACGGGAGAGUGUACAAGCAAAGAUGGCAGAGAAGAAGGUAAAACUGGAGGAGGCUUUGGCAAUGGCCACAGACUUCCAUAACUCAUUGCAGGACUUCAUUAACUGGCUGACCCAAGCAGAGCAGACCCUCACCAUGGUCUCCCCUGCCUCUCUCAUCUUGGAGACCAUCAUGUUUCAGAUUGAUGAGCAUAAGAUUUUUGUGACUGAGGUGAACUCGCACAGAGAGCAGAUAAUUGAGCUGGAUAAGACGGGCACUCACCUGAAGUAUUUCAGCCAGAAGCAGGAUGUGGUCCUGAUUAAGAACCUGCUGCUUAGUGUACAGAGCCGCUGGGAGAAGGUGGUGCAACGCUCUGUAGAACGGGGGCGUGUGCUGGAUGAUGCCAGGAAACGAGCCAAGCAGUUCCACGAAACUUGGAACAAGCUAAUGGAAUGGCUGGAGGAGUCUGAGAAGGCUUUAGACUCAGAAUUAGAGAUAGCCAAUGAUCCUGACAAGAUCAAGAUGCAGCUGGCGCAACACAAGGAGUUUCAGAAAGCAUUAGGCAGCAAGCACUCUGUGUAUGACACCACCAUUCGCACUGGCCGAGCCCUGAAGGAUAAGACCUCCCUGCAAGAUGACAACCAGAAACUGGACGACAUGCUGAGUGAGCUCAGAGAUAAAUGGGAUACAGUGUGUGGCAAGUCCGUGGAGAGGCAAAACAAGUUGGAAGAAGCUCUGCUGUUCUCAGGUCAGUUCACAGAUGCCUUGCAGGCUCUGAUCGACUGGCUAUAUAAAGUGGAGCCACAGCUGGCCGAAGACCAGCCAGUCCACGGUGACAUAGACCUGGUGCUGAACCUCAUUGACAGUCAUAAGGUCUUCCAAAAAGAGCUGGGAAAGAGGACAGGUAGCAUUCAGGCUUUAAAGCGUUCUGCCAGAGAGCUGAUCGAAAACAGCCACGACGACUCUUCCUGGGUGAAAGUUCAGAUGCAAGAGCUGAGCACACGCUGGGAGACAGUGUGCGCUCUGUCUGUGUCCAAACAGACACGACUGGAGCAGGCCUUGUGUCAGGCUGAGGAGUUCCACUCCACUGUCCACAUUCUACUGGAGUGGCUGGCUGAGGCUGAACAGAGCCUUCGUUUCCAUGGUACCCUGCCCGAUGAUGAAGAGGCCCUCCGCACUCUCAUCGAGCAGCACGAGGAAUUCAUGAAGAAACUGGAGGAGAAGAGAGUUGCUCUUAACAAAGCUACAAAUAUGGGAGAGGCCAUCUUGACCAUCUGCCAUCCAGACUCAAUCACGACCAUCAAACACUGGAACACCAUCAUUAAAGCCCGGUUUGAAGAGGUCCAGGCAUGGGCACGACAGUACCAGCAGAGGCUCUCUGGGGCUUUGAGUGAGCUGCUAGCCACCCAGGAGCUCCUGGAGAAUCUGCUGAGCUGGCUGCAGUGGGCAGAGACCACCCUCAGUGAAAAAGACAAGGAGCCCAUGCCACAGGAGAUAGAGGAGGUCAAAGCACUCAUUGCUGAGCAUCAGACUUUCAUGGAAGAGAUGACAAGGAAGCAGCCAGAUGUGGACAAAGUCACCAAGACUCACAAGAGGAAAACCACAGCAGAUCCUCCUAUCCAGUCCCAGAUUCCUGUGUUAGAUAAAGGAAGAGCAGGCAGAAAGCGAUCACCUAUACAAACUAUGUACCCUUCAGCUGCUCAAGCACAGAUAGAGACCAAGAACCCACGAGUCAAUCUGCUUGUCAGCAAAUGGCAGCAGGUGUGGCUGCUGGCCCUGGACAGGCGAAGGAAACUUAAUGAUGCUUUAGAUAGACUUGAAGAGUUGAAAGAAUUUGCCAACUUUGACUUUGACGUAUGGCGUAAGCGUUACAUGCGUUGGAUGAACCAUAAGAAGUCACGUGUAAUGGAUUUCUUUCGCCGCAUCGAUAAAGACCAGGAUGGCAAAGUCACACGACAGGAGUUUAUUGACGGAAUCUUGUCCUCAAAGUUCCCCACCAGUCGCCUUGAGAUGAGUGCUGUAGCGGAUAUUUUUGACCGUGAUGGUGAUGGCUAUAUUGACUACUAUGAGUUUGUGGCUGCCCUUCAUCCAAACAAAGACGCCUACAAGCCACUCACCGAUGCUGACAAAAUCGAAGAUGAGGUGACUCGUCAAGUAGCAAAAUGCAAGUGCCCUAAACGAUUCCAAGUAGAACAAAUCGGUGCCAACAAGUACCGGUUCUACCUUGGAAACCAGUUUGGAGACUCACAGCAGCUCAGACUGGUGCGUAUUCUCCGAAGCACAGUCAUGGUCCGAGUGGGAGGCGGCUGGAUGGCUCUUGAUGAGUUUCUGGUGAAGAAUGACCCGUGUCGAGCUAAAGGCAGGACAAAUGUGGAACUGCGAGAGAAGUUCAUCCUCCCAGAAGGCACCACUCAAGUGAUGGCAAGUUUCCGCUACAGAGGUCGAAGGUCAAGACCAUCAUCGAGGGCUGCCUCACCAAACAGGUCAAAUUCGAGUCAAAGCUGUCCGGCUCAGCAUAACCAGCCUGUAACCUCUACACCCAAGACUCCCCAACACAUAACCCGCAAUUAUGAUAAACCAUGGCUGGUAAACAGCAAAUCCUCUACUCCUCUUAAAUCAUCUGACUCAUUUGAGAGCCAAGGGUCAUCCGCUGAGAAUACACCAAUUCAAGGGAGCAAACUGCGACUCCCUGGCUAUUUGUCAGGAAAAGGAUUUCAGUCCGGAGAUGAGGGAACCUUAAUAUCUGCUGCUGUUCUCAAAGCAAGAUCUCAGGCCAUGGGGUCCUCAAAAAUCCCUAGCCGACCUGGAAGUAAAGCCGGCAGCCGGGGCAGCAGCAGAAGAGGCAGCGACGCUUCCGAUUUUGACAUCUCCGACAUCCAGUCGGUCUGCUCUGAUGCGUCCGAGACCGUGACGGACUCUGCACGAGGAGCACCCCGUUCUGCGCCACGCCAACAUGUGGGCAAACCCUCCAAAAUCCCCACACCCCAAAGAAGGACCACCACUGCUAGCAAACUGGCCAAGACCUCCAAGAGAUAGUCAGGAGCUUUGCACUUGCACCAGGCCAGCAAGACUGGACACACAUAAAUCGAAACACACACACACACACACACACACACACAAAAACACACCAACUUCUUAGUUAUUUAAAAUUGUAGCAAGAUGUAAAUUAUUUUGUGGAGGACUUGAUGAAAUAUGGAUUAAUGUUGAGUGUGAAUGAAAUGCAAUGGCUUUGUGUAUUUGUCCUGUAUUUUUAUUUUAUGUGAAUAAUGUAAUGUCAGGUUGUUACAAUGAUAAUUAUUUUAUUUUAUUGAUGCUGUACCUGGAAAGGUUAGCAAUGGUGGGGAAAGAGACUGUAAACUAACAAUUUUACACACGCAUUUGUGAUCUGGAAAAAAAAAAAAGAUAAAAAAACAAGCUGAAUGUACUUUAUUAUUCUCAAGCUACAUGCUUGUGACAGACAGUGUGUCACUGUACUCUGCGCGGGCUUUGUGAUUAUUUAUUCAUCUAUUUAAAAGUGCAAUGACAGGCUGCCCAUAUGCAUUUAAAUAGCAAUGCAAUACUUCAGACUGUAACCACAGCAACUAAAGUCCUUAUAGUAACACUACAAAUAUCCUUUGAUCAUGGCCUUUACUGUAAGUCAUACUCACUACCACUUAGCACCUACGGUUAGUAUUUCCUUUGAUCAGCUCAUAACAAUGUGUGCCCUUUAACCUCGACUGGAAUCUCACAGGUUCUGACUAAGUAGACAUGCAGAAGUACGUUGAUGUCUGUGUUCUGUAUGGAUAAUUUUGCCUGAGUGGAAAAAAACUCCCUCACCUUUUUGUAAUAAAUCUGCUUGCAGAAAGCUAUGGUGGAACAUA